GGCUUUUUUAUGGAUGCAACGCAGGACAUUAAUUUGUGUAGAAAUGGUAUUUUUGGCUCGCAGUUUUUGUUAUGGAUGUGAAAUCCAUUCUGUGAUGGUCUGGGGAGGAAUUUAGAGCAAUGGUUGAUUAGAACUGGUGGAGUGUGAGGGAAACAUAAACUCAGAUAAAUAUGUGUUCAUAUUGCAGAAAGGAUUUCUUCCAAUCUUCUCCGGUGGUGAAAUGAUUAAAGAAGACUCUUUAUUUAUGGAACAUGGGACUCCUUGUCACACGGCUAAAAUGACCCAAGAUUUUUUUGGCUGAGAAUGGUAUUAAAAAGCUUCCAUGGUCAAGCCAGUCACCAGAUAUGAACCCUAUUGAACACUUCUGGGACAUAAUGGACGGGACACUUUUUAAAAAGAACAAGAAAGCAUUUUCAAAGCCAGAUCUUUUAAGAAACUUGGCAAGAAAUUCCUCAAGAGAAUAUUCGUCACCUGAUGAGUGACAUGCCUAAUAGGGUCCUUGCAUUGAAAAAUGGAAGGGGCAUGUCUACUAAAUAUUAGAUAUUUACAUUAUAACAAUUGAUAAAUAAUUUGAACGUAUAAUUUCAGAUUUAAAGAAAUUUUAAUGAUUAUAAGGGUGUCUAUUUACUUCUGUCAUGUUUGUGUAUAUACGACGGGCUUCUCUCAGUUUCCGUCUACCAAAUCCACUGACAAGGCUUCGGUCGGCCCGAGGCUAUAGUAGAAGACAUUUGCCCAAGGUGCCACGCAGUGGGACUGAACCCGGAACCAUGUGGUUGGGAAGCAAGCUUCUUACUACACUGCCACAAAAUAAUGAAAUAAAGCGGUAUUAGUGCAUGCUUUCAAAUUCCUCCCUGACCGACUUCGCCUUUCAUCCUUUCUGGAGUCGAUAAAAUAAGAACCGGUCGAACACUGAGGCCGAUCUAAUCGAUUAGACUUCUCAAAAUUUCAGCCUCUGUGUCUAUAGUAGCGAGGAUUAUUAUAAUUUCCAUUAGAAACAUUAUUACAAUAUCCGAAACACACACACACACACAUAUGUGUGUGUGUGUGUGUGUGUGUUUAUACUGUACCGAGGAGCUUAGCAUCACAGCCUGACGGACUAGAGUUAAAAUCCGCAACACUGGUUUUUUCUCUAGUUACGCCUCUGACAUGGGCGUACUUUCAUAUAUAGAUGUGUAUAUAUAUAUAUAAAUAUUCGCCUCUUGUCACAUUCUGUUAGUUGUUACUUGUAUGCGCUGAGCUUUGUAAUUAAAAAGAAAUAAACAAACACUUGUUUUGAUGUUCGAAGUUUCUAACACCAAGUAUUUUAAGUGUGCAAGUACUUGGGUGCCGAGUAUCAAUGUAAUUCGAGGUUUCUUAUCACUGCCUGCCUCUCGUGUGUCUGUCUAUUUGUCGAGUAAAUGUUAAACCGUCAGCAACAUAAAACCCGUCGUCGUCUAUCGUGACAACACAUCACAGAACAAGCUGGGUCACAUCGAGAAAUAGGUGUUGAUAUAUCUUCGACAUCAGAAAUGUCGCCGCGGGCCGUCGUGCCGAUAUCAAUCAACCCAAACGAUUACAAAGAUGGUAUUUACGAUAUUCUAAAACUGGUGCGGCCGUCCUGGCAGCAGGAUUCGAUACUCUUCAAAGUUUUCAGUGAAGGGAUUACCAAUCAAUUGGUGGGUUGCUACCAAAAUGAUUCACGCAGUGACAUGGUCCUUGUUCGCCUCUAUGGCAAAAACACUGAGCUUCUUAUUGACCGCAAAUUAGAGUAUUUAUCCAUGAACCUGCUGCAUUCCAAAGGUAUGGCUCCAGAGGUUUACUGUUGCUUCAGCAAUGGUAUGUGUUAUGGCUAUCAACAGGGACGGCCCAUAAACGUACAUGAAGUGUGUGAUCCAAAAAUUAGCGGUCUGAUUACACAAGAAAUGGUCCGCUUACACAGCAUCAAAGCUACUGAUGUUGAUGAUUUUCAAACUUACAAUGUGUUCUUCAAAGGUGAACCAAUUCUGCUCAAGAAAAUGAAGAACAUGCUACAGAUUAUUCCAAAUAAAUUUGAAGACAGCCAGACACAACAAAGGUACGCAUCUGAGAUUUUGGGUAAAAUAAAGCUGUGGGAUGAGUUCAAUGGACUCUGCAAGGUAUUUGAGAAUUGCGAUGUGCCCAUAGCCAUCUGCCAUAAUGAUCUGCUCUUGAACAACAUCAUCUACAAUGCCAAAACAGAUUCAGUUUCUUUUAUAGAUUUUGAAUACACCAAUGAGAACUACGUCGCCUAUGACAUUGCCAACCAUUUCUGUGAAUAUGCUGGUGUCGAUGAAGCUGAUUUCUCUCGUUGUCCAAAUGAAGCAUAUCAACUGAAAUGGAUAAAGAACUACCUAGAACUCUACAAGAAAAUGGCCUCUCCAGAAGGUUCUAAAACCGAUGCUGUCACUGAUGAAGAAGUCAGACACAUGUAUAUCUGGGUUAACAAAUUUUUUGCAGCUUCCCAUUUCUUCUGGGGUAUUUGGUCUCUAAUCCAAGCAUAUAAUUCUGUCAUAGAAUUUGAUUUCCUCAGUUAUGGUAUUCUCCGUCUCAAUGAAUAUCUUCGCUGUAAGGACUCCCUCUACGUACAGCUGCCCAAUUCGAAUAAUCCCUCUUAGCAAAACAUUGACCUAAGUUUCAGACUCCAGCAAGGGUGACCACCAACAAUGUCGUCUCACCUUUCAGCAUUCAUAUAAAGGAACAUCAUGUUACUCAAACGUCUUUGUAAACAAAGAUGGGAAUCAUACUUGCGGUCUCUUACAGAAGUCAGUUCAUCUUAUUACAAGUCUUUUAGUGGCAUGUGGUAGCAUGCAUGACCCAACCAACAGAGGUGUUGUUGUUGCAGUAGGAUGACAAGACUGGGUGUCUGCAUGCAAGCCACAACUUCAUCGUUGGUGACUUGGUCGUUCCAUCUGAUCUUUCUAUACGUUUAUAGUGCUGAGUUUUAAUUCCUGCUUCAGGAGAAGCUACUUGCUACUAGAGGUUGACAACCUAUCCAGAGAGCUAAUCAACCUCAACUCUCAUGAUAAAGAUUAAUUAUAUAAUCCUAAAUAAUAUAUUUAUUGAGGAUUAAAGUUUUCUUAUAAAAUAUAAUGAGCAUUUUUAAAUAACAUGUUUAGAAUCAUUCUACACAUGUUACAUACUUUAUUUUCUUCCAGAUGACUUGGAGAAUUGUUUCUUGCGUGUGUGUGUGUACCUUGCCAUGUUUUGAAAGCUUUUUACAGUCAUUUAAAUAUUCCUUAAUCCAUUUAACUUCUUCAACUCCGAUGUCUCUAUUGGGGAAACAUUACCAAGUGCUUAACUUUAUAUCCUGGCUUACGUGAGAUAUAAAUGAACAGAGGGAAGUUGUUUUUUUUUUUUUUAAUCUAAAAGGAAUUUUAUGAAAAGAGAAUAAAUUGCAGUGAAAUUGGUUUAUAAAUGUUUUUUUAUAAAAAAAGGUCACCCCCUACCAUUCUGUACAUGUGUGACUUAUAAAACUAUUAAACUGUUUCAAACCAUCUGUAAAUAUACUGGAAUGUUGUUUUUUAACCUUUACAAACAGUUGUAUCCAUUACUUUGAAAAAACAGCUAGUCCAUUUUUUUUUUUUUUUUAUCUAGUUUCAGCUCAAGAGCUGUGACCCUGCUGUAAACAUAAUAAAAAACAAAAAAACUGUAUUUAGCAAAUAAAUAUUUUUCUAACUUUUUAUAAAUGUAAAAA